CGUCCUCGUCAGUCGAAAAAUAUCGUUUUGAAGACAGACGAAAGCAAAAUGUUCGCCAAGGUCGCCAUUUUCUCGGUCCUCGUUGCCGCGUCCUACGCCGGAGUGUUCCAGCUGCCCCAGCACCAAGGCUACGGUGUCCAAGAGCACCAGGACUACUACGCCCAUCCCAAAUACGAGUUCAACUACGGCGUGCAGGAUCCCCACACGGGAGACCACAAGACCCAGCACGAGGUCCGUGACGGCGACGUUGUCAAAGGCUCUUACAGCGUUGCCGAACCUGACGGCACCCUCAGGACAGUCCACUACACGGCCGACGAUUACAACGGUUUCAACGCGGUCGUCGAGAAAUCCGGACAUCCUGUACAUCCCGCUCCCGUAGCCUAUCACCAUUAGAGUCCUUCUGUAGUUUAUAGAUAUUUAUUUUUGUUACU